ACAGCUUCCUGCUGCGGGCAGGCAGGCGCUGAGUGUAGGAGAGGAGGGGAUCGGGGAACAGAACCGUCGGGACCAGGGACCAGAUGGAGACCACCUCUCUGGGCCCUAGCCUCCUCUGGCUCCUCAUUCUACUGUUCCCAGCUCUGCUUGUCACUGCCCUGUGUUUGUGUUGCCGGGACUUCCCUGGCCCCAACUCUGAGGUCUCCCCAAGUGACAGCUCAUAUCAGCCAAGCAGUGGAUUAGUCAUCCUCAAACGCCCCUACACUAAUACUUCGUGGCCAUCUGCAGUAUCCUGCCAGCCAGAUCUGCUCCCUAUCCCGAGGUCUCCACAACAUCCAGGGUUGUCACACCGGAUUACUUCUCGGCGAGACGCAGACACCCGCAGUGAGCCCAGCUACGAGAAUGAGGAACCUGAGGAUGCUGAUGAAGAAGAUGACUACCACAAUGAAGGCUAUCUCGAGGUUCUACCAGAUGACUGCCCGAAUUCCAGUUCUGCACCUCUGUCCAACUCAGCACCUAACCUGGGCAGUCCCGGCCUUAGGGAUAGUCCAUCUUCCAUGGUAUGGGGAGAGGAUUAUGUGAAUGUCCUAGAGAGUACAGAGGUGUCUCUGGGUGGGAGCUGUGAAUAUGUGAACAUGCCAGAAGCCCAGGAAGAAAGAACGCCUUCCAACAGAACCCCAGUGACUGACCAGGAGGGUGAGGAAGAGGGGCCCGAUUAUGAGAACGUACAGGAACAAAAUGGACACUCCUUCACCUGAGGCCCAGUGUCUCUUGGAUAUAGGGGAAAGGAAGUAUCAGUGGAACUGCUGACCACCUCUGACCUCUGGUUCCUAUCCUGACACAAUCCUGAGAGUCAUACCUUUAACUUAUUGUCACUUUGGAAAUUCCCCUGCCUGGUCCCAAGCAGUCUGCACCUUCUUCUCCUGACAUAACCUGAGAACAACUACCCUCUUUGCUCCUUAGCCUGUGGGCUAUAGUCCCUCCUUAGUGUAUUGAAAUAAAGUCCAGGACUUUCUAGCUAA